AUGACGGUGAAUAUCCAUCUCGGAUACAUCCCGGCCAUCGACAUCAACUCCUCCUUGGCUAUGGAUGAGGACGAUCCUAUCGGUGACGCUUUGAAGUCACGUCGAAUACCACAUGGACGUUCCGGAAAAGGCAGAGGAAGAGGAAAAGGCGCUUCAUCCUUCAAUGUACUCAAAGCAAUCAACGACUACGCUGUCCAGGUGGGAUCAAAGGAUGUCCAUCCCAGCCCCGACCAGGAUGGUGGACAGACUUCAUGGCUGUUGAUACAAGGUCUCACCCCAAGUGAAGACGGCUUGGUGGCUUCUUUCAAGUUUGGAACGGCGAUAUCUGGUGUUGGAAUCCUGAGUGGAAGUCGCAAAGAUUUACGGAGAAUCGUGGAGGACGUUGAGAGGCGAGAAGAAGAUGAGGAUGACAAAGAGGAAGAAGAUCAGCCUCGAGAGGGUGAAGACAACGAAGAAGAAGAAGAAGAAGAGAUUGACGAAGACGAUGACACUCACUCGCAAACAACCCAAGAAUCCCGAGAGGAGCGACUCAACCGCCUCACCAAGACAUUCGAGAAGAAUUCCUUUCGCAACCCCAAAUUCUGGAUGCGUUGGAAAGGUCACGUCACCAAGUCUGAUGAUGAGAAUGCGGAAAUCGAAACGGACAUGUCCUAUAUCGUUUUCUCGGGCAACGACUGUAGAACAUUUGAGGGAACGCUAACAAGCAAAAUGCUCGGCUGGAAGAAUGUCAAACUCGAAGGUCGCAAGACCAGAAGCCAAGUGAGCAAGACUUUUACGAUGGAGGAAGCGAGAGAUUUCUGGCAGAAUGUUGGAUAUCUCUCAGAGAAGCUUUCGAAGGAUUGA